AUGAAUAAUAAUCGGAACCGUCCUCAUCACUCCCAACAAAACAAUCCUCGGGGAGGUAAAACCAAUCGAGUUUCCACAAAUGUUUCCUCCUCCUCAAAUAAUGUAAACACAAAUUCGGGAACUCAACAAUCAAACAAUUCCUCUGCAUCCUCUUCUUCUAAUACUCAAUCAUCAUCACCACCACCAUCAUCUUCUAAUGCUCAAUCAGUAGGAAGAGGUGGCAAUUCUAGGGGAAGAGGAAGAGGUGGAAAUUCUAGGGGAGGAAAAAAACAAGCCUUUAAAGUAUUCACUCCAAAGCAAAGUCCACUAUUGAAUAUUGAUGUCAUUAGCUUUGGAUAUUGGAAAGAUGAUCCACUCGUAUCGGAAAAGCCUACUUUUUAUAAUUAUAGUCGAUUUAUGUAUGAGAAAGGUGCUUCAAAGGAUUUCAAAGAGAGAAAACGAAAUUAUUAUUUGAGAAAUCAUGAUGGAAUGUUGAAAUUGAAUAUUAAAUUUGAUGGAAAGUUAUUUGAAUUAAGAUUCAAUUUGGCAACUAUUAAGAAUGGAAUUAGAUUGUUGGAAAAUUCUUCUUGGAAUUGGAAUCAAAGAAUAUUCCACUCAUGUUGGAACAACAGUAUAUGGAAAAUUUUAAAACAACCUCACGUGCAAGGAUUUGCAAAGAAACAAAUACUCUUUUUGAAGACAUUGGACUUACUCAGGUGUUUUUACUGA